AUGGAUGGUACCAGUUACAUUUCGCCAAUCCCCCAAUGCACUAACUUGCAUUCUUGGGCCACAGUAACAGUCCCUGUGAAACCGAUUUCCUGUGGUAAUUGUCCAACAAAAGGGCCCAAGUCAAGACGGUCGGGAUGUUCUCAUCAAAAUCUCUGUCAGGAGCAUCAAAUACUUUUCCGCCUUGCAAAUCUUAUGCAUCAAAUGGAUCUUAAUCCCCGAACUGGUGAAGUUCGACCUCCGCCAAAUGUUUACCCCUUUGGGAAGGGCAAUGAAGACGAAGCACUCUGCUAUAGUGAUGAAGAGGACGGAAAGAGAGCGUGA